AUGACGACUACCAAUAUCGAUCCUACUGGUGACCUUGUCAUCGACAUUGAGAAUGAACGCCUCCGAAUCUCGUCCAAAGUCCUCUCUCUAGCGUCUCCUGUGUUUGGUGUAAUGCUCAGUUCAGGUUUCAAAGAGGGGACUCCACAGAGCACAGAUGACAGUCCUCGCGUCAUUCCUUUACCGGAGGAUGAUCUCGAAGCUUUCAAACUUGUCUGUAGAGUCAUUCAUUUCCAGCUCGAUCAGAUUCCACAAGAGCUGAAAAUCGACUCGCUGGAGAAACUGGCCUUGGUCUGCGACAAAUAUCAAUGCACCGUCGCCAUGAGGCAUUGCGCGGCGUUGUGGCUGCAGAGUCUUUCCGACACAUACCUCGCUGUUGAGCUGAAUAGACAACUGUUGGUGGCGUACCUCUUGGACUUACCCACCGCUUUUUCAGAUAUCUCUUGGAGGUUGAUGCAGGCACAAGCCGGCCCCUUUGAAGCAUUACCUGGUCUAACGGACCACCCUACUGUCCCGUGCUCUCUACUGGAUGUGCUCAAUACCAGGAGAGUCGAGAUCAAUCGCAAAAUGGAGAAGAUUCUCAUGCACCCGGUCUCCCGCCUCCUGGGCUGUUCCUGUCGAGCCUCAUCUGACGGAGUGACAAAGUAUCUCUCCACCCUACGGAACCAGACAAUCGCUCCCUACGAAGAUGGCUUUGAGUAUCUGAGUUUACUUAAAGUAGUCGAUAAAGUCGCGAACUUACCCAACAGCCUUGCGGGAGAAGCAUCCUGCACGAACGGCUCAUACUCCCGCUGCGAACUCGCUUCUUCGCGAGACGGUUCAAUGAAGAAAAAGCUAACAAAGGAUCUGUCCACCUUGAUGGAUUCAGAACCCGGCCUCUGCCUUGAUUGUGUAAAGACCGGACGUAAAUCAAAGGUUGACGGGACCUGCAGAGUUCAGCACUUGUCAAACCUCGUUGCAACUCAUGGAUACCGAAAGGAGGUCACUCGGUAG